AUGGACGAUUUCUUACUCCCACCAUGUUCCGAUGUCUCACAAGAUAUUUACGUUAUUGGAGCUCAAGAAUGUUGUGUUAAUAGACGAGAAUGGGAAAUAAAGUUACAACAAACAUUAGGGCCAUCUUAUGUUUUGAAACAUUCCGCUAUCUAUGGUGUUCUGUAUAUGGCUAUCUUUAUUCGCCGUGAUUUAAUAUGGUUCUGCUCUGACAUUAUUGAAGGCAGAGUAUCAACAAGGCCUGGAUCUAUGAUUAGAACGAAGGGAGCACUGGCAUUGGCUUUCGAUUUAUUUGAUACCUCAUUAUUAUUUAUUACGUCACAUUUAGCAGCUCAUAAUCAUAAAGUUCGCGAUAGAGUUAACGAUUACGAUAAAAUCUGCAGACUAUUAAAUAUGAAAAGUAACUUUACCGAAUUUGUUCCAGACAAGGAAAGUCAAAAUGAAAAUAUCGGAGGAAUUGGUAGUGCUGAACAAUUUGACCAUGUUUUCUGGUUUGGAGAUUUAAAUUUUCGACUUGAUGCAUCACGCAGCACAAUAGACAAUAUGUUAUCAGCCUUAAAAGAUCAAGAAGACCCACAUUAUGAGGAUAUGUUAAAACUGGAUCAGUUAGGACAAUUAAUGAAAGCAGAAGAAAUCUUUUGUGGCUAUCAAGAAAUGGAUAUCAACUUUCCUCCGACGUAUAAGUAUGAUCUUAAUUCUGAACGUUAUGAUACAUCAAGUAAAUCUAGAGUUCCAUCAUGGACCGAUCGCAUCUUAUUUAAAUCGAAAGAAGAGGAAGCAUUGAAGAUAUUACAUUAUAAUCACUGCAAUGAAAUUAAAAUUUCUGAUCACAGGCCGGUAUAUGGAUUAUUUGUUGCAAAGUUGUCGACAAAUAGCAAUAAAAGAACAAUCUGCUCCGGCAAUUUCAAUCAGAAUAUUUAUCUUGAAGGCAACAAAAGGAGGAGAUCUAAUCUACCUGAAGGUCGACAGCAAAGUGCAAUAUGCAGUAUUUUAUAA